UUUACAUUAUAGUUUUUAGUAAUAGUUUAAUUAAUAAUAUUAGUUAUAAUAUAACUAGUUUUAAUUGUCUGUAAGUCAAUAAAAAUUAAGGUUUUAUAUAGUUCUUACUUAUAUUUAAUUUUUUUAUGUGUUAAAAUUUUACUACCUAAUUAAUUCUGAAAACAUGACAAGUCUUAAUUUUCAAAGUAUACCAUUAAAUAGCGUUGAAUCACAAUGGGAGACUUUGUAUAAUCAAUUUGACAAAAACAGAGAUGGAAAAAUUUCAAUAUCAGAAUUAUAUAAAUCAUUAAAAGAAGGAGUAGGUGAUCAAUACAAUAUACCCUCAAAAUGUUUAAAAUCUAUUGCUCUAGCUGUUGAUCGUGAUCAAAAUGAAUAUAUUAGUUUUAGAGAAUUUUUAAAUUUUAUGGAAAAUCAUCCUGUAGCUAAAAGCUUAACUUCAAGCGUACUUAAUAAAUAUAUACAUUAUGCUAUUGUACCAAGAGGUCCUCCUAGACUAAGAUCUGUUGGCUUAGAUCAUACCGAUGGUGAUUACGAAGAUGAGUAUUCUUGUAACCCUCCCGCCUUAUGCAUGAUUCUUGUUAGCUUAAUUGAAAUAUUUAUUUUUACUUGGGAUGUUUUGAAAUUACAUACAACCGAAUCAAUUAGAGGACCAAUGGCAUCUACAUUUAUUUUUAAUCCUCAUCGUAGACAUGAAGCUUGGCGCUUUCUUACUUAUAUGUUUGUCCAUGUUGGGCAAACACAUUUGAUUGUUAACUUAAUUGUUCAAGUUCUAUUAGGUAUUCCUUUAGAAAUGGUGCAUCGUGGCUGGCGAGUAGUUUUAAUCUAUUUGUCUGGUGUCUUGGCUGGUUCAUUAGCAACAUCUGUAUCUGAUCCUUCAGUGUAUUUAGCAGGUGCUUCAGGAGGUGUUUAUGCAUUAAUUACAGCUCAUGUUGCCACUAUAAUUAUUAAUUGGUCUGAAAUGGAAUUUGGUAUUUACCAACUAUUGGUAUUCUCUGUGUUAAUAGUUUUUGAUACAGGAUCAUCUAUUUAUAACCGCUACUUUGUGGAGGUGGAUAAUCAGAUUGGCUAUACUGCACAUUUAGCUGGUGCUAUAGCAGGUUUGCUUGUUGGAGUAUACACAUUACGCAAUCUAAAUGUUAAACCGUGGGAGAAAAAACUGAGUUGGAUUUUUUUCACAGUUUAUAUUAUUUUAAUAGGAUCAGCAGUCUUAUGUAACAUUGUAUUAUCUGAUUAUUUCUCCAAAGAAAAAUAUUAAGUGUUAUAUUGCAAUAUUUUAAAUUACUAGUGUUAAUUUUGAAGAUCAAUAUUUUUAUGGUAUUAUCCUAGUAUUAUUUUUUGAAUUAUUUAAAAUUUUGAAUAAGCACCAGAUGCUUUUAUUUCAUAAUUUAUUACUAUUAAAUAUUUUUCUAUGCUGCAUUGAUAAAAAUGCAUUUAUAAAUAAGUAUUAUUUUUAUAUGU